UCGACACACGCUGCAUUAAGGGUGGAAAUUCGCCAUAACGGAAAAGAAUUGGCCGCAAACAAAAAAAAAACAAAUCAAAAUCAAGAACACCGAAAUUCUGUGCAAAUUAACAACAAAAACAACAACAACAAGCUUUAGCAGCGACUCUUAAACUUAAAGCAUUUCGCGAUUUAUUUAACGAAACGCCCGCAUCAGCGCCUCAUAUACCUUAUAUUAUACAUCAUCAUGUCUGACAUACCCAUCAUCUGGAUUCUGGGCGGACCCGGCUGCGGCAAGGGCACCCAAUGCGCCAAGAUCGUGGAGAAAUAUGGCUUCACGCAUCUGAGCAGCGGCGAUCUGUUGCGCGAGGAGGUAGCAUCUGGCUCGGACAAGGGUCGUCAACUGCAGGAAAUCAUGACCAGCGGCGGUCUCGUGCCCAAUGCGGAGGUGCUUUCGCUGCUGAACGCAGCGGUGACCCGGACCAAGGGCAGCUCCAAGGGCUUUCUCAUCGAUGGCUAUCCGCGCGAGAAGAACCAGGGCAUUGAAUUCGAACAGAAAAUUGCGCCCGCCGACCUGGCUCUCUAUUUCGAUUGCUCCGAGGACACAAUGCUGAAGCGCAUCCUGGCACGCGCCAAUGCCGCUGAGGUGAAGCGCGCCGAUGACAACGAGGAGACGAUUCGUUCCCGCUUGCAAACCUUCAAGCGCAACACUAGCGCCAUCCUGGAACUAUAUGCUGAGAAAACCCUGACGAUAAAUGCCGAGCGUGAUGUGGACGACAUCUUCAUGGAGGUGGUGGAGGUCAUUGAUUGCGUGCUCCAAAAAAAGGAGCGAGCUGCUAAAGUUUGUUAACCAAUUCCAAGCAAAAGAAUUUAUUUGAAUAGCAACUCUUUAGAACCUAAAACCUGCACAAAAUCCGCACAAAUCAAAGCUAAACACCAAAUAUAUAAGUAAAUCUUAGUCGAAUAACUUUGUUUAACUAAUCAAGAAGGCCCGAUUGUGCCCAGGCCAGGCCCAAGAGCUUUAGCUACAAUUUUAGCCGGUCAAGUGCUUUAAGUAAACAUUAGUUUACGCAAAAAUCUAUAAGAAUUAAGAAACACAUCAACAAAAAAAUAAAAGAAAAAUCACUCAAAAUCUACACGACAAUAAAGUUUAUGUGAGCAAACAAAAAAAACCCAA